AUGUCCAAGUCCACCCUCUCCUCGGUCGUCUCCAACCUGGUACGGGCCCAGAUGGGCAGCGCGAUGUCGCCAACGGUGACCGACGAAGACCUCGACCGCCACGUUGCGGAGCUAAUAUUGAAGGAGGCCAAGCAGAAGGCGGAGAAGUAUGGCAAGGAUGGUAUUCGCGCGUACCUCCAAAGUAACUUCAACGAGAGUAAUGCGCCCAGGGCUAACAAGCGCUUCCUCUCGUCCAUUAUCAAGAACACUGACGACCACAACAAGACCAUACUGCGCGCACAAGCUCAAGCGGCACAGGAGAUUAGGCUAGAGCGCGAGGAGCAGGAGAGGCGGGAGCGGAGGGCCCGCGCAGAGGAAGCGGUCGCUGCGGAGCGCAUGCGGCGGCUCAUGGGGCAAAGUGGCCGGACAGAGUGGGCGAGCAACUGGGAUCGUGGCGGGUCGAGGGACCGCAAGCGGCGAGAGCGGAGCUGGGAGGGGAGCGACUCGUAUGACGGCGACGAGCCUGAGCGAGAGCGCAAGCGGGAACGCAGGUCGGACAGACACGAAGGGGAGCGUCGUCACCGCCACCGGUCGAGGUCCGGAGAGGGGCGCAAAGAGAAGCUUCGUCUCGAGCUGAAGCGGAAGGGCAAAGCAAAAGCGACGGACGACGCCGACAUCGCGCAGACUCGCAGGAGUCCCACCUCACGCAAGACUUCCGCGACCCGAGACGGCGAUCGUCGGACUAAAUCUCGUACACGUACACCCGACGCAGACGACACAAGGAAUGGCUCAACCUCGUCGCGUACCAUGCGCUCGUCAAUGAGCCCAGCGCGAUCGUCCCCCAGUCCACCGUCUCCACUCAACUCACCCCCACCUCUACCCCCUCUCCCGUCGAAGAUGGACAAAUACUUCGAGUCGUCAUAUGACCCUCGCCUCGACGUUGCACCCCUAGCCCUACCGACGGUGCCCAAGACCGGCCUUAUAGACGACGCCGACUUCGCCGGCUGGGAUGCCAUGCUGGAGGUCAUCCGCCAGCGCCGGGAGUACAAGGCGGAGAAGAAGAUACUCGAGCGGUGGGGCGUCGGGAAAGACAAGGAGAAGAAGAAGGGUGCUGACACCGUUGCUUCGUGGUCGGAGGGCGGGAGCAGCGUCAUGGAUAUCAAGUAUAAGAAGAAGGGGUCCGUGAGGGAGUGGGAUAUGGGCAAGGAGGGCUUUUGA